GGUAUUGUUUGUGAAUUAAAAAGAUGUGCCGCUAAGUAAAUAUGAGCAGUUAAUGUUGUGAGGUACUUCAAUUCAUAGAUUCUUCGUGGCCGAGGCCAACUCGGACAGCUACUCUUAAUACACCUGUUAUUUCUUGGAAUAAAAAAAAAUAAAAAAUAAAAAACAAACAUUUUAAUUAAAAAUAAUUACAAAAGUCCCACGUAACAGUAAAUAGCGUACAUAUCGCGACCUAGAAACGGUACACCAACCGCAAGCUCCUCAUCACGCGCGCGUGACCCACUCGCAAACUAACCUCCAAGAGAAAAAUGAAAAAUAAUAAACAAAAAAAAAAAAAAUCUAAAAUCUCACCAAUCCUCAGAUCUACCCGGAGACGCUACUUGCAGUGGCUGGCUGGCUCUCUGCCUACUCCCUAUUGAAUUUUUAGUUUUUACAUUUUAUCUUUUUGGCCUUCACAUCGCCUCUAUAAAUAACCCGAAGCCAUAGUCGCCAUUCUUGUGCUCUGCUCUCUCAUCCCUCUUCAUAUUUACACUCAGAAGGAAGGAGAACCCCGUUUCUUACUCGGUACCCUUUAUUCUCCCCGGUUCCUUCUCCGCAAGGUACGCUUGCGCUCCGUCGUCCAAUUAUCCUUCCCGUCGUCGUCGCUCUGUUUAUAUGUAAAUUUGUAUUUAGUUAUUUACCCCCCUUGGUUUUCUUCCUACUUUCCACUCGAUUUCAUACCCUGAUCUGACUGUCCCUUCUCCCUUUCGCUUGACCGAAUUCUCUGUUUCUUGAUUAGUCUCAUUGCAGUUCCUUUUUUUGUUUGUUUGUUAAUCGCAGAGAUCUGGUGAGUGUCGGUCGCCAUUGAUGUGAUCAUUUCAUUUCAUUACUGCUUUUCCCAUUUCGAUUUCUUUGUUAUAUGCUUGGCGGGUAUCUCCGGUUUGAUUUUGUGAUUAGAUCUGAUGUGUGCGCACGUCUUGAUCACUAGAUCUGGUUUCUAAAUCCGUGAAUUCCGAAUCUGAAUGCGUGAAGUCUGUUAUGCAUGGGUGCGCAUGCAUCAGAGUAUCGGGUUGCGGAAUUCGGAGGGAAUGGCUGUUCGUUUAAGUUAAUCGUUGUUGGACGUUGGAUCUGGGAUCCUGUUAUGGCUUUAUUCUGAUCUGUGGAAGUUUAUAUUGGUCCAUUUGUUCGUUUCCUGCUGGCUCUGUAUAGAUCUCGGAAUGUUGUAAAUUAAGAAGUGUCCGUCUUUUGUUUUCUGGUGCUCCUGAUUCUGCAAUGGAUUAAUAACUCUAGUGAAAUAUUGAAUCUUUUGGAGAUUUACAGUAAACCCAAUUCAAGUUUGGUCAUUAAUGGAUUUGUUUAAUGAUUUCUUAUAGAUCUAGUUGUGAUCUAGUAAAAUUUGGCUGAAUUCUUGAUUUGAUUAUGAUGUAAUUUCAAACAGAUAAAGAGAAAUGGGAACCCAGUCCCACAUUGCCGGAUAUCCUCGUAUGGGCCCCAAGAGGGAGCUCAAGUUUGCCUUGGAGUCUUUCUGGGAUGGCAAGAGCAGUGCUGAGGAUUUGCAGAAGGUGUCUGCUGAUCUCAGGUCAUCCAUCUGGAAGCAGAUGUCUGAUGCUGGCACCAAAUACAUCCCUAGCAACACUUUCACUUACUAUGAUCACGUGCUUGACACCACAGCCAUGCUCGGCGCCGUUCCACCUAGGUACGGAUGGAAUGGUGGUGAGAUCGGGUUCGAUGUGUUCUUUUCCAUGGCUAGAGGAAAUGCAUCUGUCCCUGCUAUGGAAAUGACCAAGUGGUUUGACACCAACUACCAUUUCAUUGUCCCUGAAUUGGGUCCUGAAGUUAACUUCUCGUAUUCUUCUCACAAGGCUAUCAAUGAAUACAAGGAGGCCAAGGCGCUUGGAGUCGAUACUGUUCCCGUUCUUGUUGGUCCAGUCUCCUACUUGUUGCUAUCCAAGCCUGCUAAGGGUGUUGAGAAGACGUUCUCUCUCCUCUCCCUGCUUGACAAAAUCCUCCCAGUUUACAAGGAAGUUAUUUCCGAGCUUAAGGCUGCCGGUGCAUCCUGGAUUCAGCUCGAUGAGCCUACACUUGUGAUGGAUCUUGAUUCUCACAAAUUGAAGGCAUUCACCGAGGCCUACUCCGAGUUGGAGUCGACCCUUUCUGGCUUGAAUGUUCUCGUUGAGACUUACUUUGCUGAUAUUCCUGCUGAGGCAUUCAAGACCCUCACCUCAUUGAAGGGUGUCACUGCUUAUGGUCUUGAUUUGGUUCGCGGAACCAAGACCCUUGAUUUGGUGAAGGCUGAGUUCCCCAAGGGCAAGUAUCUGUUUGCUGGAGUGGUUGAUGGAAGGAACAUCUGGGCUAAUGAUCUUUCUUCUUCUCUUAGCACCUUGGAAUCUCUUGAGAGCAUUGUGGGCAAAGACAAGCUGGUUGUGUCUACUUCAUGCUCCCUCCUCCACACCGCUGUUGAUCUUGUCAACGAGACCAAGUUGGAUGAUGAAAUUAAGUCAUGGCUUGCCUUCGCUGCUCAGAAGGUUGUGGAAGUGAAUGCUUUGGCCAAGGCCUUGGCUGGCAAGAAGGAUGAGCAAUUCUUCUCAGCUAAUGCUGCUGCCCAAGCCUCAAGGAAGUCAUCACCAAGGGUGAACAACGAGGCUGUUCAGAAGGCUGCUGCCGGUUUGAAGGGUUCUGAGCACCGCCGUGCUACAAAUGUUAGUGCUAGGUUGGAUGCUCAGCAGAAGAAGCUUAACCUGCCAAUCCUUCCAACCACCACCAUUGGCUCCUUCCCGCAAACCGUUGAACUCAGGAGGGUUCGCCGCGAGUACAAAGCCAAGAAGAUCUCAGAAGAGGAAUACAUCAAAGCCAUCAAGGAGGAAAUCAAAAAGGUUGUCGAACUACAAGAGGAGCUCGACAUUGAUGUUUUGGUUCAUGGAGAGCCUGAGAGGAACGAUAUGGUUGAGUACUUUGGGGAGCAGCUGUCAGGUUUUGCCUUCACUGUCAAUGGGUGGGUGCAAUCAUACGGAUCUCGCUGUGUGAAGCCACCAAUCAUCUAUGGUGAUGUCAGCCGCCCCAAGCCAAUGACCGUCUACUGGUCCUCUGCUGCUCAGAGCAUGACUUCUCGCCCAAUGAAGGGAAUGCUUACUGGCCCUGUCACCAUCCUCAACUGGUCCUUCGUCCGAAAUGACCAGCCAAGAUUUGAGACCUGUUACCAGAUUGCUUUGGCCAUCAAGGAUGAGGUAGAGGACCUUGAGAAGGCCGGUAUCAAUGUCAUCCAAAUUGAUGAGGCUGCCUUGAGAGAGGGGCUUCCUCUUAGGAAGUCUGAGCAGGCUUUCUACUUGGAAUGGGCUGUUCACUCCUUCAGGAUCACCAACAUUGGCGUCCAAGACACCACUCAGAUCCAUACCCACAUGUGCUACUCCAACUUCAACGACAUUAUCCACUCCAUCAUCGACAUGGAUGCUGAUGUCAUCACCAUUGAGAACUCUCGCUCCGACGAGAAGCUCCUGUCUGUGUUCCGCGAGGGAGUGAAGUACGGUGCUGGAAUCGGCCCUGGUGUCUAUGACAUCCACUCUCCAAGGAUACCAUCCACUGAGGAGAUCGCCGACAGGAUCAACAAGAUGCUUGCUGUGCUCGAGAAGAACAUCCUGUGGGUCAACCCGGAUUGUGGUCUGAAGACCCGCAAGUACCCUGAAGUGAAGCCGGCUCUCCAGGCCAUGGUUGCAGCAGCCAAAGCCCUCCGCACCCAGCUUGCCAGCGCCAAGUGAAGAAGCGAUUUGGUGGUUUAGGAAACUGCUGAUGAAUGGUGAAAAAGGACUUUUACAUAUUUUGCUUUACCGAGGAAAACACAGAAGGGAAUAUUAUUGUUCGACUCAAUAACUGUGGUUGUCCAGUAUAGUAGGGGAGACCAGAUGCUUUACUAGAGUGGGCAUUGAUUUUGGCUUUCCUUUAUUAUUGCUUUUGGGAUUUUUGUUAUAAUUCUUCUUGUUUUGGUUCCGUCAAGUUUGUUGUACCCUCAAAUUUCUUUUUCAAGAGAUGUCGAUUGCUUAGUAGUUGUUGAAAUUGAGAUCACUGGUUCCCUCCCUACCCAACUUAUCCCUUUCCUACUUCUUCCAAUGACGAGAAAUUUAGUUACCCCUGCUAUUUUUUUCCUGUGUAAUAUGGCUGACUAUUGCCAUUGGCUUACAAAUCAAUGAUGAAUAGUUAGAAUACAGGGAGACAAUCGAGUCUGAGUUUUGAUCAAUAUGCUCAAAUCAAGAGAAAAUUGAGUUGAGUUCGAGAUUGACUCAUUUUUUAAAAAAAUUUCGACUCCAGCUCGAUUCAAGUUUGGCUAAUCAAUGAGCUCACAUAGUUGGUUUGAAUUCACCUCAUUUAUGAGUUUAAAUAGGUUAAACCGUAAUGAAACUCUAAAAUAAUU